GCUGCAGGAUGUCGCUCACCGACAUCAUGGCCAUCUUCGGAGGACUAACGGCUGCUUUCUACCUGCUGAAACUCACCUGGUCAUGUUGCUGUGGAUUCAGAGAGUUCUUCCUGUCGGAGUACUGGCGAGUGGACCUACGGGAAUACGGACAGUGGGCAGUUGUCACCGGAGCCACGUCUGGCAUCGGGAGAGCGUACGCCAGUGAGCUGGCGCGGAGAGGCCUGGAUCUGGUGCUGAUCGGGAGAUCCGACGACAAGCUGCAGAUGGCUGCCAAGGAGAUUGAGAACGAGUACGGGCAAAAGACCCGAACCAUCCAAGUGGACUUCACCGAGGGCUGCAGCACCUAUCCAACCAUAGCCAAGGAAAUUCAAGGCCUGGAGAUUGGAAUCCUGGUUAACAAUGUGGGAAUGACCUGCACUGACAACUUUGCCUAUUUUCUGGAAAUACCCGACGCUGAGCAGAAAAUAACUGAGAUUAUCAACUGUAAUAUGCUGUCUGUCUCGCAGAUGACCCGGCUGGUUCUGCCCGGCAUGGUGGACAGAGGGACGGGGCUGAUCAUCAACAUCUCAUCUGAAGCGGGGGUCCGCCCACAGCCUCUGCUCACUCUUUACUCUGCCACCAAGAUUUUUGUAACAUAUUUCUCUCAGUGUUUGCAUGCAGAGUACAAGUCAAAAGGAAUUACAGUUCAGUGCGUGGCUCCCUCCAUGGUGUCCACCAACAUGACCCACAACAUGCCGGUGAACUGGCUGGUGAAGAGCGCCGCGGCCUUCGCCCGCGAGGCUGUCAACACCGUGGGUCACUGCAGCUACACCAGCGGCUGUCUGUCCCACGCACUGCAGAGUGCGGCCCUGACGCUUCUCCUGCCGGACUGGAUCCGCAUGUCCACCUGUCUCAUCAGGAAGCUGCGGAGUCAUCAGGACGCAACAAAACAGGAGAGCGCACACACGGAGAGAGCUGCUGCCAAGAAGCAGUAGUCGUGUAAUUUAUCAUUAUUAUUGUUAUUACUGACACAACUGAAAACUUAUUUUUGUCUCUUUUUGU